CAGAGAUUCAAGAACUUCGCGCUGCUGCUAAAGCCAAAAGGCUUGAAGAGUGCAAGAAAACACCAUUUGAUUUUUAUGGCCCUCUUAACGAGAUGAAUGAAUUUUAUCGAACGCAUGGUCAAUACAUCGACCGUGGGCAUAAGAAAAUUAGAGCGGAGUUUGGUCCACCAAUUCCUGAACUUCCUUACACAGUAACCCAUAAUCCAACGCAUUUUAAUGUUGACCCACUUCAGACUCGUCUACUAAACAAAGCUCGAAAUCCACCCAAGAGCCAAGAUAAAGAUCAAACACAAUCGCUAUAUGUUUAUUCAAAAGUUUCAGG